AGUUGAUUGUCCAUCUAUCCUGUUACUACACUCCAGCUUCACGGACCCUCAGCAACCAUCUGACUCAAGGCGGAUGUUUGCUGUCGCUUCACAAAAUAUGCCAUACAUCAGGUGAAUGCCCUGCUUAGAUCAGGUGGCGGGACAGAUCCAUUCAGCGUCCCUGAAAGACGAUUACAGGACUAUCACCAAACGCUCAUUACUAUGGACGACGAGGAGGCAAUAGGUAUGCUCAUUCCGAACGAUCUUAUCCUUAACCACGCUGAUUAAAAUGUCUUCAGCUGCGAACAAAUGUCCUGUUUGUGGAAGCGACCCUCGCACACACCCAGGACUUCGCUUCAAGAUCAACACCAAGUGCUACCACCGAAUAUGUGAGGGCUGCGUAGAUCGAAACUUCUCCAGUGGUAAAGCAGAGUGCCCAGUCGCAGGAUGCCAUGUUGCACUGUGGAAGCGAGAAUGGAGGACUCAAACUUUCGAGGACCUCAAGAUCGAACGUGAGGUCGAGAUUCGAAAAAGGGUCAACAAGACCCUCGACCGGCAGGAGGACGAGUUCGAAACUAAGCGGGACUAUGAUGAUUUCCUGGAGCUCAGGGAAGAACUUAUUAUGAACUUGGUCUUCAAGACCGAUGUUGCAGCUACAAAUCGCAAGCUGCGAGAAUAUGCCGUGGCGAAUGGUAUCAAAACAGACACGACCGAUGCUGCGAACGAGCCGACAAAGCCUGUCAAACGAAAAGAUGUCGCCCCAGAUGCCGCCGAUCCAAGUGGUCUGAUCAAGGGUCUGAAGAAGAUUUCCAUUCCCAAGGCCAAAGCCCCAUACGACCCGUUUAUGGGCAUGUCACGGACAAGGGACUACUACGAAGUCACAGAGAGCUACGUCGCGCGAGCCAGGGGCAAACCUGCAGAGGCUAUGCUUGCAGCAGGUUAUGACUUCGGCCAGUACAUGGAUGAGUGUCUCUUACGGGCAUUUGCUGGCCUCGGCGUCUUCAUUGAAGAUGAGAUGGCAACCAAGAAUAACACUGCUGUCCCAGUACCAGGGACUGGGGAAUUGAAGGCUGCAGAUGAUGUUUUUUGACGAGCAACGAACACAGUUAGAGAUAUCAUAGUUGCUCGUACAUAUUCGAUUGCUGGCAAGGCUGGCUAUGAAGCAGCGCACGUGAUGUCACGAUCCAUGCCAAGAUUUCGAUUUUCAGGUUCGAACCCACAGGGAAAGAACGACAUCGACCAGCGCAGGACGACGACGAGGCCGUUUUGUGUG